UAGUGUAGUGUAGGGACGCUUGUUAACGUGUCAGUUCUCUCCUCAGUUUUGUGUACUAUUCCGAUAUGAAGUUACUGGUGGUCAUCUUAUCUCUUCUUCUUGUUGAUGCCACUCUAGGACAAUCAGGAGACGCAGCAAAAGUGGAGCUGGAUGAACCGCAAAUCAACAAAUACUUCACACAAGCGGACGAAGAUAAGAACGGACAACUGGACAAGGAUGAAGUUCCUAAGUGGGUCCGUAAGAUGGUGGACGUUCACAUCAAGGAGAACGUCCCUGCUGCCAAGGACGAGUUCCGAACAGUCGACAAUAACAGGGAUAAGAUAGUGACCUGGGAGGAGUACCGGAUAAUGAUGCAGAACCUCGGGGAGGGGGACCCCGAUCACGUGGUCUACUCGGACAAGGAGCAGAAACACAAGUUUAGGACAGCUGAUGAGAACGGGGAUGGGGUUCUCAACCAGAUCGAGUACAUUGCUUUCAAGAAUCCCAUGACGACCGACUACGUGCUGACUAGGAUAGCUCAAGAACUGCUGGAGGAUUUUGAUAAAGGUAAAGAUGGAAAGGUUUCUAUGUCCGAGUUUGUUCACCACGAGGCUUCUAGAGAUGGUGACAAGGAUGAUAAAGAGAUUGAUAAGUUGAGGAGAACAGAGUUUAGAGCGUCGAUGGACAAGAACGACGAUGGAGACCUCGAUCUAGGUGAAAUUAAAGAAUAUCUCAAUCCAAGAGGUGUGAACUUUGUUACGAACGAAGCGAGACACAUGAUGCAUGAAGCUGACACUAACAAUGACAAUAAGCUUAGUUUGAAGGAAAUAAAGGAGAACUAUCUUCAUUUCCAGCACCAUAAAAAUAACCCUGUCAUAAGAGCUAUUCACGACGAGUUCUGAUCCACCAAGAUAUAUAGAACUAUAUUUUCAACUAUAUGAUUGAAUGUAACAACAAUUUUUAUCAAACUCGUUUUGGACGGUAUCUAUUAACAAAUCUGCCUUCUCCUGAUAUAACACCUUGUAGGUGAAGGCCAUUUUGUUAUGUUACAUAAACUUUAGCUUUGAUAAAUUUCAAAUGUUCAAUGUUUUAUUUUUAAUGUACUGACAAAAUUUAUAUACUACUCGUA